GGCUUUAGCUGUUUCCCCUUUACCAAUCAAACCCAGCAAUGGAGAAGAGAGUAAUGGUGGCCAUAGACGAGAGUGAGUAUAGCUACUAUGCCCUAAUCUGGGUGCUUGAAAAUCUUAAAGAAUCCAUAGCCAGUUCCCCACUUUUCCUCUUCACGGCUCUACCUCCGCCCCCCACCACUUACACCUCCGGCCUCGCUCGCUCCUAUUUCCCACUUCCAUCCAAUACGGAGUUUGUUCGUACUCUUCAAGAGAAUGAUAAGAAACUUAGAUGCGGUCUUCUUGAGAAAGCAAAGGAUAUAUGUGCUGGAAGAGGGGUGGCUGCUAUAUCCAUCACAGAAGAUGGGGACCCUGGAAAGACCAUAUGUGAUACGGUUGAAAAGCUGAAUAUAAGUUUGCUUGUUUUGGGUGAUCGUGGCCUUGGGAGAAUUAAGAGAGCUCUUAUAGGGAGUGUGAGUAACUAUUGCGUUCAAAAUGCCAAGUGUCCUGUCCUUGUUGUGAAGAAACCAUAGAAAGGCCUUUUCGUAAUAGUAUAGACUAGAGGAAUGUCUAUGAACCAAAGAUGCGAUUUAAAGCAGCUGCUAAUCUGACUCCACCUUGUGCCAACCGUAGCUUCAAGACUGGCACACGGGAGGCAAAAUAUUUCUCUGCAUCGCAAUUUUUUCAAGUUAAAAACUCUUCUGCUCAAAGAACAACUGAACCAAGUUUUGUAAGAAAUCUACCUGCUAGUGUAGAACCUUCAGAAACGCCUUUGUAUGCCCAGUCACAGGCUGCCUGAAUACUUUCUGAUGCAUAUCUGAAUAUUUCAAUGAAAACUGGUGGUAAAUUAUUGGAAGUUCAUGUUCUAUAAUUGAAGGAUUAACAGACUGUUUCUUGUGCCACAUA